AUGCUCCACUUUGCGAUACAGCCAGCGGGGCUCUUGCAGGCAGUGUCCUUGUCGUCGAAGUCCGGUCUGUCCCGGGGCCGGAAAGUGAUGCUGUCAGCGCUGGGCAUGCUGGCGGCAGGGGGUGCAGGGCUGGCUGUGGCUCUGCAUUCUGCCGUGAGUGCCAGUGACCUGGAGCUGCACCCCCCCAGCUACCCGUGGUCCCACCGUGGCCUCCUCUCUUCCCUGGACCACACCAGCAUCCGCAGGGGUUUCCAGGUAUAUAAGCAGGUGUGCUCCUCCUGCCACAGCAUGGACUAUGUCGCUUACCGCCAUCUGGUGGGCGUGUGCUACACGGAGGAGGAGGCGAAGGCCCUGGCAGAAGAGGUGGAGGUCCAGGAUGGCCCCAAUGAGGACGGGGAGAUGUUCAUGCGGCCAGGGAAGUUGUCAGAUUACUUCCCCAAACCGUAUGCCAACCCGGAGGCUGCGCGAGCGGCCAACAAUGGAGCACUGCCCCCUGACCUCAGCUACAUUGUGCGAGCUAGGCACGGUGGUGAGGACUACGUCUUCUCCCUGCUCACGGGCUACUGUGAGCCACCCACCGGAGUGUCGCUGCGAGAAGGCCUCUACUUCAACCCCUAUUUCCCUGGCCAGGCCAUUGCCAUGGCCCCUCCUAUCUACGACGAAGUCUUGGAGUUUGACGAUGGCACCCCAGCUAGCAUGUCUCAGGUAGCCAAGGACGUCUGCACCUUUCUGCGCUGGGCAUCUGAGCCAGAGCACGACCACCGCAAACGCAUGGGGCUCAAGAUGUUGUUGAUGAUGGGCUUGCUGUUGCCCCUGGUCUACGCCAUGAAGCGGCAUAAGUGGUCAGUCCUGAAGAGUCGGAAGCUGGCAUAUCGGCCGCCCAAGUGACCCUGCCCAAUGUCCGUGCACCGUCCUGCCUGAAUGGGCUCUCAAGCCAAGCAAGGAGCCAUCCUGGCCUGUUCAGGGCUUCCGCUGGCCCUCUCGGCCAAUGCUCUUCUUCCUCUGGAACAAGAGGGGAGGGGGCAGGAGACCAGGUUCCAGCUCCAGAUUCUUCAGCCUCCAUCAUGGAAAUAAAUUAAGUUUCUCAGUGUA